UUGCAAUUGUUGAAGAAUCUAAGCCUCUCUUAUCAUUUGUAGAGAAUUCGGAUUUUCAAGCGAUCUUUGAAGAUCUUCAAAUUUUCCGGCAAAUCUUCGAAUUUUCCGGCAAACCUUCAAAGUUUCCGGCUAUUUUUCUGGUUUAUAUACUAAAAAGUUUUUGCUUUCUGCCUUACAACUUACGUCUUCAGAACGAAAGCAGUGGACUAUACACUGGGGAUGGUUCAGUUGACAUCAAGGGGCAACCUGUGUUGAAGAGCAACACUGGAAACUGGAGAGCAUGCCCCUUCAUUCUUGGUACUGAAUGUUGUGAACGUUUAGCUUUCUUUGGGAUUGCUACUAACCUAGUCAGCUAUCUCACCAAAACAAUGCAUGAAGGAAAUGUCUCUGCUGCAAGAAAUGUUUCCAAUUGGACAGGCACUGCCUACCUAACACCGCUUAUCGGAGCAGUCUUGGCAGAUGUAUGUUGGGGAAGGUAUUGGACAAUUGCUGUCUUCUCUGCAAUUUAUUUUUUGGUAAGUAUGAACUGAAGUUCCCAAUGUUCUAAAUACUUAGUUCAGAAAGAGAUGG